AUGAUUUUAACGAAUAUUGAGUUGUCGGUAAAGCAUGUUGUCCGUGUUUUAGCUGCCCUCAAGUCCUCGACCUCGCCUGGACCUGACAACUUGCACCCACUUAUCGCUUCCCGCGAAUUUCAGGCCAGUGACUCUCACCUCGGCUUUAGUAUAGGUUCUCGAAGCCUUCAUGAAUCAAGCGAUCGACGAUUCCCUGGUUUCACCCGCGGAAAACCUUGUGCGACAAAUCUGUUGUUAGCCCGUGAGUCCUGUGCCGACUCGAAAGACAGGGAUUGCCCAACGCACGUGGUAUUUAUUGACGUCAGCAAAGCGUUCGACCAGAUUUCUCACUAA